AUGAUAAAAAACUCGACUGAAAGCGAAAUCACCUUAGAAUCAUUAGAAAAGAAACUCGUUAUAGAUUUUGGCCACCGGUCAAGAGUCUGGCUUGUAGAGCACAGGCACAACUUUUAUGCUCUAAAAGAAGUCCCUAAAGCAGGUCUUUGCGAAGCUGAAGUCAGACACCUAUUUGAAGAAAAACUUGCAUUAAGCAGUCUCAAACACCCAAAUAUUAUUAAGCUCAUAACUACUUUUAAAGACCACACAAACAUUUAUUUUCUCUUAGAACUUGCAAAAGGUGCACCGUUAAGCCACAUAUUAAAGCAGCAGCGAAGAUUUCCUCUUGAGCAAGUCCAAUCAAUUGCUUUACAAAUUGCCUCAACUUUGUCCUACAUCCAUACUGAAGGAUACAUCUACCGCGACUUAAAAUUAUCAAACGUUUUAUUGGACGACACAGGAAAAGUCGUCUUUGUGGACCUUGGAUUAUGCAAAAAGAUUGAAAACGAAAAGUAA